AUGGAACCAGGUGACUCUGGAUCCCGUCAAAGCAUUCAUCUACACUCGGCAACGGUUCCAGAGCAGCUUCAGCGACAGCGUCGACAAAAACAACAACGUGCGCACACCCCUCCAGCCGCAUAUCAAAGUCAUCGAGAGAAUCUUGACCGGAGAUUUCGAGACCAGUCUGUCAUGGCCACGGCUACGGUGCUUGCCCCGAGCGCCCACUACCCUCCUCCCUCCACCACAUAUUCAAGCUACCCCCAACACCCUUCUGCAGGAGCAACACCAGCAUCAGCACCGCCGCCUCCGCCGCCAUCGCUGCCGCCGAAUGCCAUCAGCAACAUGAUUUCGAGCGAGCACAGGAGGCCUGCCGACGACAAGGAACCGUCGGCAAGACAGUCUUUGCCAUCCAUCUCGGAAGUCAUAUCCGGGGCGCGACCCAGCCAUUACCCUCCCCCUCAACCCAGCCAUCAUCCCGGAAUUCAACCCGGCAUCCAACCCGGGUCCGGCCUGCCUUCGCCUUUUGCUGGCACUCCACGCCAGUACGCAGAAACCGAAAAGCACUCUCCACAACCUCUGCACUCUGCGUCUUCGUAUCCUCCCCGGCAAGAAAACCUGCCCGCGUUUGCAGACUCGCCGCGACCCACCUUCAGCAGUCGCCAUAGCCUUCCCCCUGUCACCGACAGGCGGCCUACACCGCCGAUAAAAUCCGAAUUUGCGCCGCAGCAUCGCCUUGCCGAAACGCAACCUUCAGAUUCCCACGCCGCGAAUGGGGGCUACGGUCAUGCACCGCCGCCGCCGCCGCCGCCGCCGCCACCACCACCACCGCAACUCGCACCUCCGCCGACUUCUCAUCCGUACUCUACAGGACAUCUUCCUCCCGGCCAAGUGCCCCUACCCAACUACCCGAUUUCGCCUCGACAUCCUGGCCCUCCACCAGCUGUUCAGUACGACGCCCGGGCACAGUCGAUGCGUCAUGACGAGGGCGACUAUUCCAAUGGCAGAUCAAGAUUUCAGCCUGCACACAACCGCCACUUUGAAACAUGGAGCUAUCAGGACUCUCUGAGCCGCAUUGGAUCGUCCUCGCGGACUAUAUUCAGCUUUGCUGAAGCCUACGGCCGUAUUGCGCAAGAACAGCACGGAUCCCACCCUAUCCCCGAAAGGCUCCCGACGGAGCGAGAAGUGACGGACGUGCUGGCGAAUGUGGAGCUUAUCAAGAGGUGCUUGGAACAAGUCAAAGACGCCGUCCAGGCAUCCAUCCAGAGUGAGAGGGCUAGGGAAGGCGCCAAGGCUAAAGGAGGGUUCGAGGACGAGCAUCACGAUGUGACCAUGUACGACGGCAUGAAGCCUCAGUACACCAUGACCGAGGUGAAGAAGCGCCGCGGUCGUGCUGCGCCGCCCGGUCGAUGCCAUAGUUGCAAUAGGAUUGACACACCUGAGUGGAGACGCGGGCCUGAUGGCGCCAGGACGCUCUGCAAUGCCUGCGGCCUUCACUAUGCCAAGCUGGAGAGGAAACGGCAGCUCGAGGCUCGGUCGCUACGCCCGAAGCCAGAGGAGAGGAACUGA